AUGCGGCAGCUUGAGCAGCUGCACGAGAAGGCGCUGCCGAGCCUGCCGGCGAGGUGCGCCGGGGCGCGGGGCGGCGCCGCUGCACGUCCAGCGGCGCGGCGGCCGGGGGCCCUGCCGAUCGCGCAUUUGGUGUAUGCAGCGGCAAAGGCCGGCCACACCCUCAGCGACCGCUUCUUAUUGGAGGCUGCGCGCCACCUCCUGAGCGACGGCGGCGCGCGGAUCGCCGCGGCGUCGGGCGGCGACCUCGCGCAGCUGUCGUGGGGCAUGGCGCGGGCCGGGGUGCUGCAGCCGGAGCUGCAGGGCGCGAUCGACGAGGCCGUCGCCGCCCGCGCAUCGGAGUUCGACAUGAAAGUCGUCUCAAUGCUGCUCACCGCCGCGCACCUCAGCCGCAACACCUCGGCGGCGCCGCUGGCGGCGCUCACGCGACGCGCGCUGGAGCUUGCGCCGGGGGCGCCGCCGCAGAUGCUGGCGACGCUGGCGCACAGCCUGGUCAAGCUCGCGCAGCCGAGCCACGCGGCGCUGGAAGCCUUUGCCGUGGCGCUCGAGCCGCAGCUGGCUGAUCUUGACCGCACCUCGCUGCUGCUGACCCUGGAGGCGUACCGCAUCGCGGCGCACCCGAGCGGCCGCGCGCUCGCCGCCGCAGCCGCGCCGCUGGUCGAAGCCUUGGUACCCAGCCUCACAGCGCCGCAGCUGGUCAGGGUGGCGCGGGUAUACGCGGCGCUCAUGCCGGCAGGCGCCCGGCCGGGCCACGGCGGCGGCGGCGCGGCGAGCGGCAGCGGCGGCGGCGUCGGCAGCGGCAGCGGCAGCAGCGGUGGUCACAACGCGGUCAUAGCAGACUUGAUAGGCUCGAGCCAGGCGGCCGAGAACGGCGUGCUGGUGGCCGUCAAUGAGGCUGCGGUCGGGCGGCUCAGCGAGUUUGGAUUGGCAGAUCUGAAUACCCUCCUGCGGAGCCUCAAGGGGCUGGCCAGUCCAGAGAUAAGGGCAGCGGCUUCGGUUGCGGCGAUGUCGAGAAUAUCGCAGCAGGCGCCGGCCGGCGGGCGCUAG